AUGUCUUCAUCAAACGGUCGCGCAGAGACGAUCUCGACUCUGCGCGCGAAAGGCUGCCCAGCAAGCGCGUCGAAGGCAGACCUCGACGACGGCGCUUACCCCAACUCUGAGAGCGAUGGCGAGGUCGAAGCGCACUCUCUCUCAAAGGAGGGUCAACCACUGCUAUCUCACAGAGACGAGGCCGCGCAGCCAGCCGACGGAUCCAUCGAUCUCUCCUCAUCCGGCUCGAGUGGCCCGUCAAUACCCAACGGCAAACGACGCACGCCGCUCAAAUGGUCCGAGGUCAUCUGGGUAACGCUCACCACGCUCCUCAUCUCCAUCCUCGGCUACACCUCUCAACUCUUCAUCAUGCUGCCGUACUACCACAAGACGCCGUCCUUCACCCUUCCCACCCUCCUUUCCGUGCUGAUCCCAUUCAACCUCGGCCUGGGCCUGAUCUUCUACAACUACUACCUGUGCGUCACCACGGACCCUGGCGGUGUGUCCUCUGGAUGGGAGCCGGACUGGUCCGCCCUCGACCCCUCCUCUUCUGCGAUCAUGGAGCUCAAACAGCACAUCUACCGUCCACGCUACUGCAAAACCUGUUCGGCCUACAAACCUCCCCGAUCGCACCACUGCAAGACGUGCAACCGGUGCGUGCUGCGCAUGGACCACCACUGUCCCUGGCUUGCCAACUGCGUCGGGUUCCACAACUACGCCUCCUUCCUACGGUUCCUCUUUGCCGUCGACGUGACGUGCACGUUUCAUCUGGCGAUGAUCUCAGGCCGCGUAGGUGACUGGUGGAACAGCUAUGGGUAUUGGAGAGAGCCAGGGACGAGCGAGGUGGUGUGGUUGGUGAUCAACUACGCUUUGUGCAUACCCGUGUGGGUGUUGGUUGGCUGUUUUAGCGCGUAUCACUUUUACUGCGCAGCGGUGAACCAGACGACCAUUGAGAGUUGGGAGAAGGAGAGAGUGGCAACGAUGGUAAGGCGGGGGAGGGUGCGGAAGAUCAAGUAUCCCUACGACCUGGGUGUAUGGCGGAAUGUAAGGGAGGUGUUAGGGAGCAGCCCGUUGAUGUGGUGCCUCCCAGGGAGAGGGGGUGUAGGUGAGGGAUUGGAGUACGACGUGGCAAAUGGGCUCGACCCAGGCGCGCAGUACAGAUGGCCACCCAAAGAUCCGACCAAGACAACGUACGCACCCGAACUUUUCUCGGCUCCACCGGGCGCGUCGUCCAGUAGCCCAUUCACCUACGGGUCUGGGUUCAAUCCCAAUCUGCGCCCGUCCAAUGCUGGUCUACGCUAUCGCGGAGCGGCAUAUGCACAUGAAGAACGGGAGGAGCAAAGUGCGAACGAAGAGGGCGAAGGGGAUGAGGAGAGCGAUUCGGACGACGACGUUGUUGCAUACCCCACAGGGCCACGGAUGAUGGCGGAACCAGACGCAGAUCAGCUCGCCGCGCUGGACGGCUUCGAUGCCGACUACUACGGCGUCGAUGCGCACGAUCGACCGUACGCGUAUGGAAAUGGCUUCCACGACAACGAGGACGCUUUCCAGUAUGGCGUUGUGGAGGAAGAGGAAGAGGACGACGAAGAGGACGACGAGGAGGACGCAAAGGUCGGCGGCGCUCGGGUGUUGGUGCGCCGCGGGUCGGAGGGGUACGAGGUGCGGCCGAGGGGCGGGUGGACCGUGUGA